AUCAGUCUACACAAGACCGUCAUACUGGACGUAUACGUGUUCUGUUCGAUUUCAAAAUAGUAAUCCCGAUUAUCUACUAUGGCGUCUGGCAAAAUACCCGAUUGGGUCACCGCUGAACUGUUUGAAGAUGUUCUCAAAUCGAGUGUGGACGGGUAUUCGAAAGUGCGAAAUUUUAAAGCGGAAAUGGGAUCUGCGGCAGGUGACAACUACGCCACCAUUAUGUUGCGAGUUAACAUCGAAGUGGAGCUGCAGGAUGGCACCACCAAAGAGGUGUCAUACAUGGUCAAGCUGCCACAUCAGAUGGAAAUCUACAAGGAAAUGAUGAAGCACACCAACAUCUUCGAAAUCGAACGCACCAUGUACAAUCUGGUGGUUCCCGAGAUGGAGGCUCUUUAUAAGGCAGCCGGUGUGAAGGUCACGUUUGGAGCCCAGAGCUAUGAGCUAAAGAAUGCCCAGACCGAGUACAUAGCUCUGGAGGACCUGUGCAUCAAAGGAUUUAAGAACGCCAAUCGCCUCGAGGGUCUCGACCAAGCGCACACGGAGCGGGUUCUCCGGAAGUUGGCGCAGUGGCAUGCUGCAACGGCCGUAAGGGUGGCCACCAAGGGGCAGUAUCCGGAAAUCGUGCUGAGGGGAUUCUUCAAGGAGGAAAACAGGCCGAUGAUGAACGAUAUGAUGAACGGCAUGGGACAGGUUUUUGUCAAAUGCUGUAGCACCUACGAAGGUAACGAGGCGUAUAUAGAACAAGUCAAAGCUCUUAAGUCCGUGAUGAUAGACGAGUUAUUUAAGAUGUGCGUAGUCGAUCCCACGGAGUUCAACGCCCUGAACCACGGCGAUUCGUGGUCCAAUAACAUAAUGUUCCAGUACGAUGAGUCUGGCAAAAUCAAGGAGGUGUAUAUGGUUGACUUUCAGGUCUCGAAGUACGGCACUGUUGCUCAGGACUUGCUCUACUUCCUGAUUUCUUCCACAAGGCUGGAGGACAAGCUAAGCAAAUUCGAUUACUACAUUAAGGUGUACCAUGAUAACCUGGUGGAGCAUUUGAAAAUCCUUAAAUAUUCCAAGCCAUUGCCAAGCCUGCGAGAUAUCCAUAAGUCUCUGUACAAAUACGGAACUUUUGCAUACUCUGUGGCCACAGGUGUAAUGGCAGCCGUUCUCGUAGAUCCAACGGAGAACGCCAAUUUUGAGAACUUUGUUGGCGAUACCGCCGAGGGAGUGGACUUCCAGAUGAAAAUGUACAAUAAUCCCCGCUAUCGGAAGCACAUGCAGGCGAUCCUGCCCUGGCUGCUCAAUCGCGGUGCCCUGGACAUAAAUUAGGAAAUUAUUGAUUCCAUCAUAGGACAACACACUCCGACUUAGGUUAAAAAAAAACACUUUAUACAACUAACUGAGCUUGGUGCAGCCUACGCAUAAAGUAUUGUAAAUGUAUUAAAAUAAGGAAAUAAAAGUUUUUUAAAAACA